UAGUGAGUGGCCGCUGGUAACCCCGCGCACGGUUGCCAUGGUGCCAGAGUCCAAGAUGGCGGCGGCUGGGGUGUACAAACUCGACGAUGGAACUUCCACCCCGAAUAUCACCAGCUGCUUCCCCGUGAGAGGCGUGCUAGCCAAGCAGGCGGAGGAAGCGGGAGCAUGGCUGCUGGCGAAACGUGAGGAGGAGCAGCGCCGGUUCAAGGCGGUUCUGUGCGCCCGACCCCGCGACCUUCAGAAGAUCCGGUCCGAGCUGCGCCGCACCAACACGCUGUCGGAGACGCCCGGUUACGGGAGCCGGUUCACGGGGUCACAGGUCGAGGACAGGGUCGGCCUGCUGGACGGAUUCUUCCUGAUGCGGGUCCACUGUGUGGAUGACCCCAGUGACCUCUGCGCCAUCAACAUCAGCGACAAGGAGCUCUUCAGGGCAAAAGAAGUGGACUUUCAGCUAUUUGACAACGUAGCUUACAUCAAUGCCGGGGAAAACACAUUGCCUUUUGAAAUCUUUCGAUACUUCCCGAUUGUGCGGGAGCUGGAGCUGCCGGUAAACGACAUCACCAACAUCAGCGUCAACUUCGGGGACUUCCAGCAACUGGAGGUACUUGACCUGUCCUAUAACAGCAUCAGUGAGGACAGUAUCCUGUCUCUGGGGUUCCUCCCGAGGCUGAAGGUUCUGCACCUGACAGGGAACCACCUGAAGUCGCUGCCGCCUGAGAUGGCGCGCCCGCACAUCGAACCUGACGAUCUGCUGGAGGAGAACCCAGUCUGGAGGUUUGCUGCUCUGGAGAUUCUGUUCCUGGACGACAACAAACUAACAGAGCUACAAACCUUCGCCAGUCUGGCAGGACUCAAGAAGUUGAAGCACCUGCACAUGGACCAUAACCAGGUGUACUCCAUCCCUCACCUGAGGGCUAUGGAAGGGGGUUUGCUGGAGAGCCCUCCUUCCCUCCACAGUCACGAGACUCACGCAACCCCGCAGGCCAAUCCCCCAUCAAGACCCCCCAGCUCAGCAAGGAGAACCUGCAUGAUGGUACUGCAGACGUCGGCACAGGAAAUUACAGAAGAGGAGGAUCUGAUAGCGCUGGCUGCCUGGCCUCUUCUGUCUGAGGUGGUCAUACACAGCAACCCCCUCACAACCAGGCACAGUGGAGACCCUCCGCUGCUGAAACGGUUCCUUACAGACAGACUCGGCAUCAACAUGGUCAGAUUGAAGCCUGGUGAGCUACAGAAGCCGCCGGUUGUUGUCGAACAGAAGCCAAAGCGAACAGUGAGGGAGCACGUACGCAAAGUUCCCAAGCUGCCCUUGUACCCCAUGUUAGAGGGACCGCCAGCCUCUGCCUACACCCUGUCCCUCCCCACCGCCACCGACAUGGGCUCUUCCACCCCACCCUCCAGCCACAUGACGUCCACGGGCGGGACCGUACCACGGCCGGAUGUAGGGGGGAUUGAGAGAGCGCAGACCUUCCCCUCCCGACCGUUACCCCCCAUCUCAUCCUCUCAGCCUGAACGGCCGCGAACAGAACCAUCAGGGUUUCCAGAGCCCGACUCAGACGACUCGAUGCCGGGCUUGAGGAGAGCGGACGCAUGGGAACAUCUGGAACCGCAGGACUCAGGAACGAGGGAAGGGAAGAGACAGCCUACAGACGACAGCGAACCCAUCUUCCUCACACAGAUUGAUGAUCAGGGUGAGGAAGUGAAGGAAGAACAGAAAGAAACAGCUCCCGAGGAGAGGAGAAGAAGAAAACACAAGAAGAAGAAAGAGAAAAUUCCUGAGAAGUACCGAGGUUACGAGAUUCUGCUGGACGCAGACGGAGACGUGGGAACAAAUGUGCCGACAGACAUCAAUGGAACUGUGCGAGCGCUGGAGUAUGCGCUGAAACAUCCCCUGGUGUUCAGGGACACAGCUGUGGACCUCAGCACUGUACAGAAGCCAUUCCAACCUGCCAAAAAGACGCGAGCCAUGCCCCCAGCCCCCACCAGAGAGAGAAGGAUAGAGAAGCUGGACAGAAUGUUGGAUCAGAUGAAAGACGAGAUCACAGUCAUCGAAACCAGCCUGGCCUCAGCACUGAAAGACAAGAAGAAGUUUAAGCGAGAGUUCCCAGAGGCAGCCCAGCUAUUAGGCGAGGUGCAGGCUAAGUACAACACAGUCCGGGCCCAGUCUAUGCAGGAACACAAACGGGUGCAGGAGGAGGUCAGGCAGACGGUACAGGAAAUCAUGGACACCAAGGAGAAAAUCAGGCAGAUCACAAAUGCUGCAAAGGACAGCUAAGAAUUCUUAAGGCCCUACAUUUAAGCCAAGGUCAUGGCUGUACAGAGUUCAGCGUAUUUCUUCGCUUUUACAGAAAAAUGAAAUUAAUGUUGUUUCCUUUUUCCUACUCAUUCUUAAACAAAGGAGAAAAUGAGGUAGAUCCCCAAUGCUGCAAAGGACAGCUAAGAAUUCUUAAGGGUCCAUACGUAAGAUAACAUCAAUUUUUAAAAAAUGUCAAAUUUGUUUCUACCCAAUUUGAUAAAAAGUGAAAAUGGAUGGAAUUCUAUCUUUCAUUUUGUACGGUACAGCCAGAACACACUACUAUACAAGGUAUAUUUUUUUCAGAGCUUCAACAUUGUUUUAAUGUUUUUCAAAAACAUCACAAUUUUUUUCAAUUUACCUGUCUGAAUUAAACAUGUAUUGAAAGGAGUUUAGUACUAUAAGUAUUGUAGUACUAGCAGAAACUUGUUUCAUACUUGUGAUAUCCAUACUACAAUAAGUAUAACCUUGUAGUGAAAAGUGUACAAUGUAACAUCAUUCUCACUUGCUUAACAUGAAUUGAUGUGUAAAUAGAAAUGUACAGGAAUGUCUUCAUUGUAAAUAUGGUCUGUGUGAUAAAGAUUUUAUUGUAAGGAGCAUCUCCCAGAAUGUGUGAAAAAUAAAAGCGUUCAAGACCAGUCAA